CCCGGUCACCGCCACACACACCACACACACCCGGACUCGAGAAGACGCCAAGUGCGGAAACGGGCAGAGAGGAAGAUAGACAUCAACAAGAAGUCCUAUAUUCAUUGUGGUGCUGAGUAUUAUGGCAGAGUCGGGUGAAAUGGCCGGUUUGAGCCCGGAAGAGGUGGCGGCCAAGAAGGAGCAGGAACGGAAACUGGCCAUGUUGCUUGGUCUCGAUCUCAAUGCGCUCGGCCUGGCCCCGGUGGCUGCAUCUGCGGCUGAUGGUGCCGGUGCGAGUGUGGAUGCCAAUACCGGUACGAGUCCGAGUUUGAGUGGCGGCGGCCAAGGUGCGGUGGGUGUCGGAGCCGGAUCAGGGGCGUCUUUGGGUGCAAAUGCGAGCAAUGACGCUGGCCGGCUGCUGACAAGCGCGCCGAGAGGAAGCGGGCUGCAGAGGUCGGUGACAAUGGGCGCGGACGCUGAGCUCGAGACCGAGCGUGCGGCGCGCGAAGCCCGUGAGGCCGAGGCAGCGGCGGCGGCGGCGGCGGUCGAUGUGGCCGUGGUCGGUCUGGCCAAGGGCAGGCUGAACAAGGACGGCGUGCCGCGGAGCGUGCAGUCGGGUGAAAUGCCCAACUCGCUAUUCGGCAACGGGUCAACCAAGAGCGGCGAGCGUCUGCACGAAAUCAACUCGGCGUCGCGGGCUUCGUUUGCUUUCUCGGGCUUUUCGGACGACGAGGGCGAGUCCGCCGGCGGUGGAGACAAGGCAAUGGGCAGCGGUGGCUCGGGCGACAGCGGCGGGGAGGCAGGGCUUUUGGGUCCGCCGCGGCCGCAGGGAAACGCCUCACAGUCUUCGCCGAUUGUAGACUCGUCGAUGUUUGUGUCGCUCAUGGGCAAUGACGCGAUGUUUGCCGAGCUUGAUAAUCUGCCGAUGGGGUCACCCAAGGCAUCGCCGGUAGACUCGCCAGCAGACUCGCCGCGGUCGUCGACGGCGAUUGCGGUGCCCGGCUCGGGCUCGAGCUCGGCCAAUCCGCGGUCGCGGGUGGGCUCCAUCGACCAGUCGGACUUUUUCCAGAACUCGCCGGAGCAGAGCUCCGAGCUCAAGCAGUCGCCGUCGGGGCUCCACUCUGAUGAGUCGAGCGGCGGCCGGGCGACGUCGCCUGCGAGCCGGCUGAUGGGUCAGUCGAUUCGGGCGCGCAAGGCGACGAUGCCGACGCGACGGCGACGGCCGUCGAACCUGUUCACGCCGCCGUCUGCGGCGACGUCACGCGAGUGGAAGAUUAAGCGGCGGGUUCAGGUCAUGCGCAACCGCGAGUCGACGCACUUUCGCAAUGCAACGCGGUUCCUUGCGGCACAGUCACGGAUUCGGUCGACGUCGCGGCGGUCUGUUCGGGUCUCGUCGACUUUUGAGCUCUCGUCGGAACAAGAGGCCAAGCUUGCGCGGUACUCGCGCCGGGCGUACCUGACCUCGCUGCAAAAGCGGGUCAAGAACGACUCGAGCCGUGCGAGCGGCGGGGCGUCGUCGCUCGCCUUUUUGCCGACAACCAACUUUCGCGGUCACUCAGGCACCCAAGUGGAGGCACUUGUCAAGCGGUCGCAGUGGGUCGGUGAUCUGGAGCGUGUGGUGGAGUGGCCGAUGGGGGCACCGCUCCCACCGUGGUCGAAGAUCAUGUACGACCUCGCGCUGCGGUUGCAGCAGAACUCUGCGUUCAUCGGCGCGGGCGUGCACGCCGGCGGGAGCAAGGGCGGGUACGGCGGUGUGGGCGGGCAGGAGUCAUCGCUCCUCACGGCGCUGAUGGAGCAGAAGAAGGACGAGCCGAGCCGGUCGGACCGGGUGGUGUGGGACGAGCCGGACUCGCCUGACAACCUUGUUGUGGAGAUUGACGCAAACAACCACGAGAUUGUGGUUGCCGGAACGCUGGCCAAGCUUGUAGAGCGUUUGACGUACCACCGGUACCCGGACCCGAUGUAUCUCUCGGCCUUUCUCCUCACGUACCGGUCGUUCACCACGCCACCGCAGCUGCUGGACUUGCUGGAGCAGCGGUUCAACGCGACGCCGCCCGCGGGCGCGUCGGGCGAGGAGCUGAUGAAGUUCCGCAAGACGCGGGAGAUCCAGCGAAUCCGGGUGCUCCUUGUGUUCAAGCAGUGGGUGGCAAACCACUUUGACGACUACGUUGACGUCGAGGGCCUGCUUGACUCGCUCAAGCAAGUGCUGGCCAAGAUGAAGGGCUCUGGCGUGGAGAAGGGGGCGACCAAGCUGAUGGAGGACAUCGCCAAGCGCGAGGCGCAGGAGCACAAGUCGCGGCGGAUGCUUGUGUUUGACACGCCGCCACCGCCGCCGCUGGUGCCCGAGAGUGCAGACGCGAGCACUUUUUCGCUGCUCUCGAUCCCGCCGCGCGAGCUGGCGCGACAGGUCACCCUCCGUGAGUUUGCCCUCUACUCGGCCAUCAAGCCGUACGAGUGUCUCAACCAGGCGUGGGCCGUGAAGCCAGACGAAGUGGAGGGCUUGUACAAGGCGCCGCACAUCCGGUCAAUCAUCUCGCGGUUCAACGCCAUGUCCGAGUACGUGGCAGUGACCAUUCUUCGGGAAGCCGAACUCGAGGCGCGGGUGGCGGUCGUCACGCGGUUCAUCCAGAUUGCCUCCGAGCUCCGCAAGAUCAACAACUUCAACGGAGUCAUGGAGAUCCUCGCCGGCCUGCAGCUGACGCCGAUCUUUCGGCUCAAGCGGACGUGGGCCGGCGUCUCGCCGCGCAACAUGUCCAAGUUCAACGAGCUUGCCGCCGAGAUGAACCGCGACCUCAACUACAAGGCGCCGCGGGCUGCGCUGGCGACGGCCAAUCCGCCGUGCAUCCCGUACCUCGGCAUCUUCCUCACCGACCUCACCUUUGUGGAGGACGGAAACUCGGACCUCACACCGUCCGGCCUCAUCAACUUUGACAAGCGCCGGCGGCUGGCCCUCAUCAUCGGCGAGGUCCAGCAGUACCAGCAGACGCCGUACUGUCUGCAGGCGCUCCCGCAGUUACAAGACUGGAUCUGGGGCGAGAGCGAGGCCGUGGAGUAUGACGAGAGCGUCAUGUAUGACCGUUCGCUGGAGGUCGAGCCGCGUGAGAGCACCGCCUGACUCGGCAGGCUAGCGUGGAGUGCGCGUGGCGUUUUACUCGGACGCACCGCCGGGGACAAGGAGGAUCUUGCCGGUCGUGCCGCGCGACUCGAGGGCGCGAUGGGCGUCGGCUGCCGACUCGAGCGGAAAGGUAGCGCCGACGGUGACGGUGAGGUCGCCGGCGGCGAUCCAGGCAAAGAGGUCUGCGAGGCGGGAAUCAAACUCGCCGGGGCCAGAAAUAAAGUCGCCGAGCGAGG